AUGCUUUCGCACGCCGAUCUCCUGGAUGCUCGCCUCGGGAUGAAGGAUGCGGCUGCAGAGCUGCUUGGACAUAGGGAAGCAUUGAAGUGCAGGCUCGGCGGCGGGGGAGCUGACCCUGGCCACCCUGGCGAACUUGCCCCGGGGUCCGACACUGUUGAAGGGGCGACCCUUCUCCCAGGAGACGAUAUCAACAACGCUGGAUCCAAUCCCUCAGCCGUGCAGGUCAAUGCUAAAGAGCAGGAAAAGCAACAACAGCAGCCGCAAAACCCCUCCCAGUCGGGUGGACAGCAGACUCAAAAACAGAAGCGGCACCGAACCCGUUUUACCCCAGCUCAGCUUAACGAACUGGAGAGGAGCUUUGCAAAAACCCACUACCCAGAUAUCUUCAUGCGGGAGGAACUGGCUCUUCGAAUCGGUCUAACGGAAUCUCGUGUGCAGGUUUGGUUUCAGAACCGACGUGCAAAAUGGAAGAAGCGCAAGAAGACAACAAACGUUUUCCGCGCCCCGGGCACUUUACUGCCCACUCACCACGGCUUACCACAAUUCCCAUCGGCUGCAGCGGCUGCUGCAGCUAUGGGCGACAGUCUGUGUUCUUUCCACGCUAACGACACCCGUUGGGCCGCAGCGGGUAUGCCGGGGGUCUCUCAGCUUCAACUACCGCCCGCCCUGGGCCGCCAGCAGGCCAUGGCUCAGUCCCUAUCCCAGUGUAGCCUUGGAGCGGGGCCACCGCCCAACUCAAUGAGUUUGUCCAACAUGUCCUCCAACGGUUCCGGGCUGCAGUCGCACCUCUAUCAGCCCACGUUCCCCGGGAUGGUUCCCGCCUCGCUCUCCGGCCCCACUAACGUCACCGGCUCGCCUCAGCUGUGUAGCUCCCCGGACAGUGACGUCUGGAGAGGGACCAGCAUCGCAUCGUUACGCCGCAAAGCGCUGGAGCACACGGUCUCCAUGAGUUUCACUUAA